AUGCUGGCGCGGGAUUCGAAGCGGUUGGCGAAGUUGGAGGAUCGGUUAUCGCUUUCGGAGGUCGGGCCUGGCGGGACAGGUCUUAUGCAGCCGGAGAUUAAGCCGACAGCUUAUCGGAGGCCUGGGCCUAAGGGCGAUGGGGAGUCGGGCAGUGAGACUGAUGAGCCGGUUGGCUCUGGGUCUCGCGGUAGAGGAGGCCCCGGUAGGGGGCGCGGUCGUGGUGGUCGACGAGGUGGUGGUGCUGGACGCGGGCGUGGUGGUAACGCGGGAAGUGGCUCCGGUGACGGGAAUCCGGCUGCGCAGCGGCAGAGGAAGGAGGAAAAUAAGGCGAGUAGGGCGAAUCAUAAUCGUCGACAGCAGAGAGCGAAGAAGGUGGCGCGGGCUGGGGGUAUGAUGGGGUGA